UCUGUGAGGUUUGAGUGGGGAGCUGGGUGGGGGCGUAGGCAGGGGAUGUGGGCACGGGGGGGCUGCACGCGUGGCACUGGGGGUCUGGUGUUUGUGCCCCUUUGAGGCAGUGGAACCAGUGCGGUGGCUGGGCCCGGGGCUCUGCUGUCCCAGCAGUGCCGGGGCUGGGGUCUGCGUCCUGCGCUGCGCCCCCACCUCAGCCCCCGGUGGGCAAGGGGACGCUUGGCUCCUGGAGGAGGCAGAGCCACCUGCAGCUCCGCUCACCCUCAGGCCACCGUGGGACGGUGCCCCAGCAAGGGCAGCACCAUGGGGACACAGCCCCCCGGCCAGGGACAGCGCUUGGCUGGGGAGGCCGCUGCUGGGGCAGAUGUCCUGUCUGUCCCCGGGCCUGCCAGGCUGGGGACAAGUGUGCAGCAGGAUGUCCUGGGGGGUGCACAGUGCAGCCAGGACUCCGGUAUGAGGCUGGGUGGGUCGGCAGAUGCUGCGACAGGGACCCUCGGCUCGGUCGGGCAGAGGCAGGCAGGGCAGGCAGCACCAGCCACCACUGGACACCGUGGCCGCCACCACCCCUCACUAGACCCUGAGCAGCUCCAGAGGGCCAGGCUGCAAGUGGAAAGGGCCAUCAAGGAGAAGAAGAUUUUCAUGGUGCAGGGCCCCUACCCCAUCAUCCGCAGCCUGCUGCGGGCCCGGGGCUGGGUGGAGAAGAAGUCUGGGGGCGCAGGCAAGGCAGGCAGCCGGCCGGAGUGGCAUCAUGGCAGCCAGGAGACGCAGCUUCAGGAGAAGGCAGGCGAUGGAGAUGAUGCUGAGCAGGGGGAGGCAGCGCUGGACCCGCAGCUGGGGUCAGCAUGCUGUGGGGCGCAGCCUUCCCAGGGGACAUCAGAGCCCCUGCACUCCCCAUCACCACCCGAGGAGGAGGAAGAGCGAUGGGAUGAGGACCCCGAAGCCAUCCACAACCUCAUGUCCCGCCUGGUGCGGGACCAGGUGCCAUAUUUCAUCUGGACCAACCGCUGCAGUGCCGUUGACUGCUGGCUGCUGCAGCAGGACCAGGUGGUGAACCACUACGCACGGGUGGGCGCCUUCACCACCAAGGAGGGGCUGUGCCAAAACCUGCGAAACCUGCCCUGGUUCGACCAAGUCGACCCCGACACCUUCUUCCCCCGGUGCUACCGGCUGAGGGCUGCGGACGAGCGGCAAGCCUUCAUCGAAGAUUUCCACCUGACGGCAGCUCGCAGCCUGCUCAAAGUGGCUGCGGAGGGGGCUAUGGACGUGCUGGCGGGGAUGGAGCAGCCCCCGAAAUGCAGCGAGGAGCCAGCAGGGCCGGGGCCCCCUUUGCCCCCCCACCUGGUGGAGGAAGCCCUGCAGGUGUGUGGGCAGCACCUGAGCACCCUGGGGCACCAGGACAUCGACGGGGACCCCCCAUCCCCCCCCACGGUGGGCACCGACUGGAACCGCUUCCUGCAGGACUACUACCGCGUGGUGCACGAGGGGGCUGGCCUAGCGCUGAGCGGGGCGCAGCGGGAGCAGUGCCGGGCCCUGCUGCAGCGCCUGGCUGGGCAGCUGCCCCAGCUCGGCAUGGAGGGCGACCGCAACGUCUGGAUCCUCAAACCCGGUGCCAAGUCCCGUGGCAGAGGUAAGGCUGGGGGAAGCCAGGAGGGAGAACACGUUCCUUGCCACGGAGGGGUCCCACCGUCACCCCGUGUCCCCUGCCCAGGCAUCGUCUGCGCGGCGCGGCUGGAGGAGGUGCUGCGGCUGGCGGGGGUCUGCGUGGCACCCUCGGCGCGGGUGGGCGAGUGGGUGGUGCAGAAGUACGUGGAGCGGCCGCUGCUCAUCUUCGGCACCAAAUUUGACAUCCGGCAAUGGUUCCUGGUGACAGACUGGAACCCGCUGACCGUCUGGUUCUACCGCGAGAGCUACCUGCGCUUCUGCUCCCAGCCCUUCUCCCUGCACCACCUGGACCCCGCCCGCCACCUCUGCAACGUCUCCAUCCAGAAGCGGUACAGGCUGGCGCGGGGUCGGCACCCCCAACUGCCCCCCGACCAGACCUGGUCCUGCCGGCAGCUCCAGGCGUACCUGGCACAGGUGGGGCUGGGGGGGGCCUGGCACCAGGUGAUGGUGCCCGGCAUGAAAGCGGCGGUGGUGGGUGCCCUGCGCAGCGCCCAGGACCUGGUGGAGCACCGCAAGGGCAGCUUCGAGCUCUACGGGGCCGACUUCAUCUUCGGGGAAGACUGCCAGCCCUGGCUGCUGGAGAUCAACGCCAGCCCCACCAUGGCCCCCUCCUCGGCGGUGACCCGCCGGCUGUGUGCCAGCGUCCAGCGGGACACGCUGCGCGUGGUGAUCGACUGCAGGGACAACCCCGCCUGCCCCACCGGUGCCUUUGAGCUCAUCUACAAGGAGGUGGGCUGGGGGGGCUGCGGGGUAGGCACAACCCCCUCGGCACCCCCAGCCCCCACUCCCCACCAUGUCCCCCUGCAGGCGGCCGUGCCCGUGCCCCCAUACGUGGGGCUGAAGCUGAUGGUGCAAGGCCACUCCCUGAAGAAGCCCAAGCUGGCACGGCACCGAUCGCAGGGCAAGCCCCCCACCACUGCGCCCUGUGCCCCCCAGCCCCUCGUGCCCCCCAGCCCCUCAGGCAAAACCACGAAGGUCCCCCAUCGGGGAGCAGCGCCUGGGGAGGCAGCUCCUUUGGGGCGAUGGAGCCACCGUUUCCCCCCCGCCUCUGCCCCCCCAGCACCAUCACAGCCCCCACGCUGCUGUGCCAGGAGCCGGGGGCUGCCAUCCAUCAGACGCUCCCUCCAGCAUCCCCCAGCAGCUCUGCCCUGGCUGGAUGUCCGUUCCCUGCCCACGGUGCCCAUCCCACCGCCCCGGGGAGUCCCCGGCAGCCCCUGGGGUCCUGUUGGCCGGCCCCCUCCCAACCCUCCUGUCGGAGUGCUGCACCCCCCUGGGCUGGCACCCAAUGUCUGGCCCCUGUGCCCCUGCCCGGGGCAGCCGGGCCCCGCUGCAAGGAGAAGGCACGCGGCAGGUCCCAAGGGGAGGCAGAAGAGCUGUGACACUGAAGGACACCCAGGAGGGAACAGCACGCUGCCCGUCCCAGCUGGGGUGACAGGGUGGUCCUCAGCUCCCCCCUGCCCCAGUUGGAGCCCAUUGCCAGGUGGGGGCACCCAUCCCACACCCCGCAGGGGCCGCAAAACACGUCUGUGACAGGGACCCUGGCUCCGUCCCUCUGUUUGCAAGGGGGGAGUGUGGGGGCACAGCCAGGGCUGCACCGGGGACAGGGGCUGCAGGCAGGAACCGGGGCCACCAUGACAGCUCCUUGGCCGGGGGGCAGAGAGUGGGCCGUGGCAGUGGUGACACCAGCUGUCACCAGCUCUACUCAGGAUGGAGGGGGCUGGUGCCCCCAGCAAUGCCAUGGGCACUGGGCAGGGGGGGGGAACA